AUGGCUCGGUCCCCACUCAACAAUGCGCCUUGCUGUCCUCGAAUACGAAAUGGACUUGUAUAUCUCACAUUCAAGAUGAAGCCAGUAUCGUGGAUUCGCCGACGGGACCUGCACGUACUCACCACAGCCUCUUACACGUACACUACGGACUCCCGCUUCCGUGCCAUCCACGCCAGGAAGUCGCCGUACUGGGUCCUACGCAUCGACAACCCGACGGUGAACGACUCUGGGGUUUACGAGUGCCAGGUGUCAGCGCAGCCCAAGAUCUAUCGCCGGUUCCAUCUAUCGGUCGUGGUGCCGCGUGCCACCAUCGUUGGCACCAGUGCCGUCUUCAUGAAGGCGGGGAGUGACAUCAAUAUCACCUGCAUUAUCACGGGAGCAAGUAAGGCGACGCCCGUUACCUGGUACCAUAUAACGCCUCAAUCACGCAGCACCAUCAUGGAGGAGCUGAACUCCGGGACGCGAGGCGGGGUCCAGCUGGUGACCGACAGGCGGGCGGGCACCAGCUGGCUCCUCGUCACCCAGGCCACGUGGAGAGACGCUGGGAACUACACGUGCGCCCCCGCCCACGCCACGCCCGCGUCCGUGUCGGUGCAUAUACUUGAUGAAAAGACGCCCGCGGCGAUGCAGCCCGACCUGCAAGCCAGCCCCGGCGCCCCGGCAUCGCCCUCUUCCUCGUCCUCCUCCUCUUCUUCCUCUUCCUCUUCCUCGGCCUCUUCCUCCACCUCUGCCCGUCCUCCUGGCUUCUUCGGUGUCUUCUCCCUCUCGCUCAGCCUUGUCUAUGUUCACAGAUUAUUCUUCAAAAUCAUAAACUUCCUCUGUUGCUGGUGCUUGAACUUUGAAACUUUGUCUCUUUGAAAUUCACGAAAGAGAGAGAAAAAAAGAGAAUAAUAUAAGAUAUAUACAUGUAUAUAUGAUUAUAAAAGACGAAAAGAAAAUACUUAUUUAUGAAAUGAAUACGCUUAGAUGUCAUUCAUCCUUUCCUUAUAUUCCCUUUCUUUUUAUCCAUGCGAAAGUAGGCCUUACUGAAUUCAAGCGUAAGGCCUCCUUUGCUGUGACAGCGAUAUGAACACAUAGACUAACACGUGAUUCACCAACACAGUCGAGAUAAGGACAGACAACCUCCUAUUGUUUUGCUGGUCUCUCCCAAGUUGGUUCAAUAGUGUACAAGCAUGAGCGCCGUGUUUAGGGU